CGCAGUCUCCUCGUGGAGUAACAGGUGAUCAGCCUGCCAUGCAGUCUCCUCGUGGAGUAACAGGUGGUCAGCCUGCCAUGCAGUCUCCUCGUGGAGUAACAGGUGAUCAGCCUGCCAUGCAGUCUCCUCGUGGAGUAACAGGUGAUCAGCCUGCCAUGCAGUCUCCUCGUGGAGUAACAGGUGGUCAGCCUGCCAUGCAGUCUCCUCGUGGAGUAACAGGUGGUCAGCCUGCCAUGCAGUCUCCUCGUGGAGUAACAGGUGGUCAGCCUGCCAUGCAGUCUCCUCGUGGAGUAACAGGUGAUCAGCCUGCCAUGCAGUCUCCUCGUGGAGUAACAGGUGAUCAGCCUGCCACGCAGUCUCCUCGUGGAGUAACAGGUGGUCAGCCUGCCAUGCAGUCUCCUCGUGGAGUAACAGGUGGUCAGCCUGCCAUGCAGUCUCCUCGUGGAGUAACAGGUGGUCAGCCUGCCAUGCAGUCUCCUCGUGGAGUAACAGGUGAUCAGCCUGCCAUGCAGUCUCCUCGUGGAGUAACAGGUGGUCAGCCUGCCAUGCAGUCUCCUCGUGGAGUAACAGGUGAUCAGCCUGCCAUGCAGUCUCCUCGUGGAGUAACAGGUGAUCAGCCUGCCACGCAGUCUCCUCGUGGAGUAACAGGUGAUCAGCCUGCCACGCAGUCUCCUCGUGGAGUAACAGGUGGUCAGCCUGCCAUGCAGUCUCCUCGUGGAGUAACAGGUGGUCAGCCUGCCAUGCAGUCUCCUCGUGGAGUAACAGGUGGUCAGCCUGCCAUGCAGUCUCCUCGUGGAGUAACAGGUGAUCAGCCUGCCAUGCAGUCUCCUCGUGGAGUAACAGGUGGUCAGCCUGCCACGCAGUCUCCUCGUGGAGUAACAGGUGAUCAGCCUGCCACGCAGUCUCCUCGUGGAGUAACAGGUGAUCAGCCUGCCACGCAGUCUCCUCGUGGAGUAACAGGUGAUCAGCCUGCCACGCAGUCUCCUCGUGGACCAUAA